AUGGCGGCUGCGGUGGCAGUCAUGGAACGGGAGCUUGCCGCGGCGGCCGCGGCCUGUGAGGCGUCCACGGCUUCAGCGGAGGAGGCGAAGCAAGAUGGGGUGUUCCUGAGGGCGGAGGUGAGCACAGCGCUGGCUGUGCAACGCAAACAAGUCAAAUACACGCAGGUGCUCUCCACCACGCCCGCUCCUGCCCACACCCUGCCGGUGGCCAACGGGAACACAGUGCCGGCCGCCCCUGCUACUGCAUCGGGGGCCAACUCCCCCCACGUGCCCGCUGCCGCCACCGCCGGUUUCCAGCUUCAGGAGGGCGAUUUCCCGCAGCUGCCACAGGUGAAGGGGAAGACCGCCUCGCCGGGGCGCCAAUCGCGCACGCCGCCGGAGCUCAUCACCGUGGGGUACGUGACUUCGGCGGGGGCGAGGGAGAGGGCCGGCAGCGCACCUGCUUUGGACACCCCGGCGGCGGCUACCGCCGACACCACCGCCGACACCGCCGCCGCCACUGCCGGGGUGGCGCCACCGCCGCUACGCGCACUCCGUAUGACCGACUCAGAGAACGCGCAACUGAUCGAACAGCAGCAGGACAAACUGCAGGGGUGGCACGAGCGCGACUUUGAGGACAGAGCGGCGGCGACAGCGGCUGGAGGAGACGGCGCGGGGGGAGUAACGGCGCCGCCCACUACCAGGGACGUGCAUGCAGCGGCUGAGAGGGCCGUCCAACGUGCCCAAGCUGUGGAGGUAAAGGCACGCGGUGCGAAGUGGGUCACCCGCGUGCAACAGUACAAGAAGCACAACGCGGGUGUCACGCUGGAGGAAACGGUCCACCGGGUGUGGGAGUCGUAUGUCAACAGCUUCUACCUGUACCACCCCGAUACGGCCCCCGCCCCGCCCAGCAACCCACCUACGUGGUACCUCGGGGCGGUAGCGGCGUCGGCAACGUCGCCACGGCACCCAUGGGCUCAGCUCGAGGAGGCGUCGCCGACGCCGCUACCGCCCCGAGGUACCACGUAG